AUGGAAGGACAGUUUCGAUAUAUAUCAGACAGUUUUCAGUUCUGUCAAUCAAAAUCAUGGACACCUAUAAUGAACGUCUUCAACUUUCCAGGAAGUAAAGACACUGUGCCUACUUCCUGUCUCGAUGCGAAGUUGAAAGGUAUGGAUAAAGAAAAGGGGAAUGGAUUUUACUGGAUCAAUCCCACCGGAAUGGCAGACGCUAAGAACGCAUUUGUUGCAUACUGUGAUAUGGCAAGCGCUGGGGGUGGUUGGAUGUUGGCUGCGAAGAUAACCCAUGAUUUUGCUUGGAUUUGUCCUGAGCGCAAAGGAAAGAAUUGUUUUAAUUCUAACAUAGAUCCACUUCGAGCAAAUUUAUUUCAUUCCUCACAUGCGAGGGAUUUUAUUGAUCUGAGAAUUACGCAGGAUGAAAAUUCUGGAGUUCAUCUUACGAAGAGACUGAUUAGAAAGAUUUUUGAAAGUAAGUUUGGUAUUACGGUGCUGUUUCGUUUAUAUUGUGUUGUUUUUGCUUUUGUUUGUUUACGUCGUCGUCUCCACCGUCGUGGUUGUUGUUGCAGGUGUUGGUGGUGGUGGUGGUAUUGCUAGUGUUGUUGUUGUUGUUGUUGGUGGUGGUGGUGGUGUUGUUGGUGGUGUUGCUGGUGGCUUGGUGUUGUUGUAA